GCUUUUCCCAUCUGCCUAACGGGCUCUACCCGUCGUACAUUCCCCUGAGCCACCUCGAGCCCCCCAGUGCCGGCAGUCCUCUCCUGGCCCAGCUGGGUCAGCACAGCCUCUUCGAGUCACAGAAAGAUGGGUUCUACCUGUCCAGCCACGCGGGCCAGUCUGCUUUGCACCCACAGCCUCCCCUCUCGAGGACCACGGGCAACCACACGUCGAGCACUUUGCUCCGGGAGAAGGACCUUGGGCAGCUGCACAAGAGCUCAAAAGAAGGCCUGAAAGAUCCCGGCGGGAAGGAGCGAGCAUGCCGGAGCGAUCUGUCUCUGCCCUUUGCCAAGAAGGAGGGUAAGCCGAAGGAGGAGCCCCGGCCCCGCAGCGUGGUAGACCUCACACAGGACACCAAGCCCGACAGCGACCGGAAAGUGAGCGUGGUGGAGAAGGCGGUGAAGGUCGGUGAGCGUCUCUCGCCGUUCCUGGCUGAGCACAUGCCAAAUCGGGGCGCUGGCGGCGGGGAACCCAAGUCCAAGAACCCGCUGCAGAGCUCUUCUCUCAGCAACUGCAAUGGCGGCGGGGACCCCAUGCUGAAGGUCCUGGGUGCUGAGCAGGACCGCUGUGCCAAGGAUCCCGCUCGGCACGAUGAGAACAUGAGGCCUUCCGCGCACGCCCACACCGAGCGGCUGAAACGGGGGGAGCCGCCCGCUAGCUGCCCGUCCCCGCAUCCCUCGCAGCCAGGGAAGAUGACGCCAGCCACAACAUUCCCUCCGCAGCCCGUCCAUUCCAGCAUGUACACCAUCUUCCCGCCGGCGAAGGAGCUGGGGAGGGAGCACAAAGUCAUCGCCCCCACCUUUGUGCCUUCGGUCGAAGCCUAUGACGAGCGGAGCGGGCCCAUCCAAAUCGCCUCGCAGGCCCGUGACAAUAAGGUGAAGGACAAGGACCUCGGCAAGGUGGGGGUGCUGCAGUCACCCACGGAGCGGUGCCUCACAGAUGCCUCCCGCACGCUCUUGUCCCAGGACUUUUCUUGCCACACCGAUGCCAAAAGGAUGGAGGCUCUGCGGGAGAAGGGCUCGGUGAUCAGGGCAAACUCCAUGGCACUGAAGAGACAAGUCACUUCGGAGCCCUUCCUCAACCGGACGGGGCUGGGCUCUCCGGAGAGCAGGGAGUUCCUGGCCUCCAAGGACUUGCUGAAGCCGAGUCCGGAGGCAGAGCAUCGCUCCUGUGAGCGGGACCGCUUCCAGCGAUCCAGCUCCAAAGAAGCGGCGAAGGUUUACAGCACUUUGGACUCGUCCAGGCAGCACCUGGACCACGGUCAGCUGAAACCGCCUGAGCAGAAGUGGAAGCCCUUUGAGAUGGGCAACUUUGCCACCACCCAGAUGGCGGUGCUGGCCGCGCAGCACAACCACGUCACCCGGGCGGAAGAGGAAGCCAAGAAGGUCUACCUUGACCCCAGCGGCUUGCCACGGUCCUCAGUGGUGGGCUCGCGGGGCGCCGCAGAUGUCCUCCACCCCGCCUCGCAUGGUGAAGGGUCAGCCAUGCAGAGCCUCAUCAAGUACAGCGGCAGCUUUGCCAAGGAGACUGCAUCCCGGCAGAGCUGCGGCAAGAAGAGCCCCUUUGGGGGCUUGGGCAACAUGAAGUUGGACUCUUCGCAGCUGGGUGCCUCCAAAGUGCAGCAGCUGCUGUCACAGCAGCCAGCAAAGCAGCUGAAGAGGGACCCCGAGAGACCUGAGAGUGCCAAAUCCUUUGGCCGCGAGAGCAUCGGCUCCCAGGGCGAGGUGGAGGUGAGGCACUUGCCCGUUGGCAUUGCCGUGGCCGUGGCCCGGCAGAAGGACAACAGCAGCAGCAGCAAACUGGGGCCCAGCUUGGCAGACCGGGAUCGCUCGCUGUCUCUCAGCAGCAUCAAAGGGCAUGGACGCUCAGAAGAUGAUUGCGGGGAUGAGAGGAGCCGCCACCGGGACAGCCACCUCCUGGCAGGGCGCUUGGAGCGGGAUCAGGAGAAGCUGCUCAGAGAGAGCAAGGAGCUGGCAGAUUUUGCCCGGAUACACCCCUCCAGCUGCGCCACGAAUGGUUUGAACUCCAACCUCAUGGUGACGGGAGGCCCAGCCUUGACGGGCUCUGGGCGCUGGUCUGCAGACCCGGCUUCGCACUUGGCAGCCCACCCCUGGCUCCCCAGGACGGGGAGCCCCUCCAUGUGGCUGGCUGGCCACCCCUACGGACUUGGUCACCCUUCCCUGCACCAGGGCAUGACUCCAGGCUUCCCCCCUGCCAUGGGGGGAGCUCUCCCUUCCGCCUACCAGUUUGCCAGAGAUCCGCAGUCAGGGCAGCUUGUUGUGAUCCCCAGCGAGCACUUGCCACACUUCGCGGAGCUGAUGGACCGGGCACCCCCGCUGUGGCCCGCCAUGUACCCCCCGACCAGGAGCUCCCUCCAGCAUGCUCACCAGCUCCAGCUCCUCUCUCAUCAGCAGCUGCUGCGGCAGCAUGAGCUAUACAUCCUGCAGCAGCAAGCAGCCCACGCCAUGGAGCUACAGAGGAGUGCCCAGCUCGUGGAGAGGUUGAAGGCGAACGAGCAGCGUGUGGAUAUGGAAGAGAAGGUGACGAAACGGAGCCUGGACAGUGCCAAAUCAGGCCUUUCCUCCUCUGCCUCGGGACUGGUGCACCGAAAGCCGCCCGUGCUGUCUCCCAGCGCCUCCACGUCCUACAGCAAGGCUGUGAGUCCACCUCCCCUCUCUCCCAGGGCCUCGCCCGUGUCUGUGCUCAAAGCUGAGGUGAUCCAAAAGAUGGAGGAGCCACCUUCGCAGCCAGCCUACUCCUACCCCGCCACCCCCAGCUCCCAUCCUUCCAGCCCGCCCCCCGCCUCUCCACCCCCUGCCCCUGCCAUCCCUCCAAAGGAAGAGGCACCCGAGACCGUGGAGAAGAAGGACCUGGAGCUGGAAAAAGAGGCUGCUGGUCCAUAUCAGGCCUUGUUCCCAGAGAUCCCCCCUGGAUACCCAUUCCAGUCCCUGCCUCCCUCCUUUGGAAGACACUAUCCCUACCUCCUCCAGCCCACUACAGCAUCUGACGCGGAUGGCCUGGCUCCUGAUGUCCCACUGCCUGCUGAAGGCUCUGAGCACAUGGAGCUUUCCCCAGAGGUCAAGCCCAUCCACUUGUCUCCGUCCAAAAUGCUAGAGCCCAUCCAAGCAGCAGCAGAAGAGGAGGCCUUGGAAGAGAGGGUGAAAUCAGAGGUGCAGAUGGAAGAAAGCCAAGAAGGCAUCUGUGAGCAGGACAUGGGGACUCUGAACAUCACCACCUCUGCAGCUGUCCCAGUGCAGAACGUGGACAAUUGCAAUCUCCUGUUGCAUCAAGGUGAAGCCCUGGGUGCUAUGGAGCAGGACCAGGAAGACCUCCAGAGCUGCCCACCUCCUUACCAGGUUGUGACCUGCCCUGCAGAAGCAGAAGCUCAAGCAGAGACCGGGAGUGGAGCAGAAACCUGCUCUGUGCACAUGGACUAUGACAGUUCGCUCGUGCACACAGAGAACGAGCCGCCUGCAAUGGACUUGACACCCCAGCGGGAGGAGGCCUCUGUAGCCAUGGAUCUGCAGAGCACCGAUGUGCCCCGGGGGAGGGAGUUUCCCAGCCUGCCCCCUGAAGAAGGAGAGCAGGGACCAGAGAUCCCUUCCUACACGGAAGAGGCAAUCUCUUGCCAAAUCCCAGCUCUGGACAUCAAGCCGGGCGACCCACUGGCUGGGAUGAACGCUUUGGUGGCUGCCACGGAAAUGCCUCAGGCUUGUUCCUUGUUGACUACCGCCAGCGUCACUCCAUCCCAGGUGAAGGUGGAGGUGUUACCUGACCAGGCCUUGGAGCACUCCUUCCUGCAAGGGAUCACUUUGCUGAGUGAAAUUGCAGAGAUGGAGCUGGAGAAAAGGAAGCAAGAAAUGCAAACAGGUCCAGAGAGUUUCCCUGUCCGGCCAACGCUGGAGAGUUUGCUGGCUGCCAGCACCCACAUGCUCAUGGAAGUACUUUCCACCCCCUUUAUGGAAAGUCUGAAAACCAUCCGGCUGCCUCGAGAGCUGAAUCCCAACAAAAAGUACAGCUGGAUGCAGAAGAAAGAUGAACCUAUGUACUCCAUCAAAUCGGCCAUCGAGAACAUGGAUGCAAUGGAGCUGGACUACAGGAUGAGGCUGGCGGAGCUGCAGCGCCGGUACAAGGAGAAGCAGCGGGAGCUGGUCAAGCUGCAGCGCCGCAGGGACUCCGAGGAAAAGCAUGACGAGAAAAGUAGAAGCUUGGCGAGAAGAGGCCCUGGAAGGCCCAGGAAGAGGAAACUUGGAUCAAGCGCUCUGUCACCCAUUAAGGAGAGAGGGAAGAGUGACAGCAAGAGUGGAAAACUGAGCAAGUCCUUGUUGCUCUCCGAAGACUCUGAGACUGGAGAGGGCAUGAAGAAGAGGCACAAAGGGGCCCUCCCGGAGGAGGACGAGGAUGUGGAGAGCGGCAGUGGCAAGAUGAAAGGGAGAAACCAGAGCUGGGAAGAGCACGAUGUGGCUCCCAGCUUCUCAAAUGAGUUAAAGCUCAAGAAGAAGAAGGUACCAUCAGAUCAGGAGCAGCUGGCCAGCAAGCUUGACAAAGCCCUGUCGCUCACCAAACAAGACAAGCUCAAAUCCCCCUUCAAGUUUGCUGACAGCUCUGGGGGAAAGCUGAAAACUAGUGGAGGUGGCAGCAGGUACCUCCCACCCCACGAGGCUCUGCCGAGCAAAGAGGAAAAGAAGAGCCUGGCCAAGAACCUGGGCCUGUCACUGAAAACCACCAAGGAAGGUAAAAACAAAGUGGCUGCCAAAAUGAAGAAGAUGGAGGUGGGGUUAAAAGUCAAAAACCAGCUCAAGAUUUCCCAUUCACCAGCAAUAUCUGAAGUUAGCAGCUACUCCUAUAGUAAGUAA